UCCGACUCAGACUCAGGACGAGCGCAGAGGAUGGAUUUCUAUCACUUCUCUUUUCUUUGCGGGGUUCUUGUGUUCGUGUGGGGCAUGCCCUGUUUCCAGACUCUCGUUAUUUUCCCUCCAGCUGCGCCGAAAAGCAGCAAAGCGGCGAAGAUUUUUAAUUCACAAGAAGCGUCUAAAUAUUUUAAGGAGUUUUACGCUCGACCCUCACAGGAAAGAUACAACAAAGCAGCACCUAAAGACUUAAUUGAGCCGCAUGACUACAUGUUGUCUAUUUACAAGACAUUCUCCACGGCGGAGAAGCUGGGUCUCAAUGCCAGCUUUUUCCGUUCUUCAAAAGCUGCAAACACUAUUGCGAGUUUUGUGGACAGCGGACAAGAUGACCUCCCACUCUCCCCUCUGAGGAGACAACAGUAUCUGUUCGAUGUCUCAACCCUCUCAGAAAAAGCGGAGGUGCUGGGAGCCGAGCUCAGGAUUUACACCAAAGCGUCUGGGAAUUUCAGGAUAUCGGAAACAGAGCCUGUCGACAUCCAGCUCCUCUCCUGCCACGACCAGCAGCUGCUCGACUCCAAAACACUGGACUUGCAGGGUUCCCACAGGCUAAGGUGGGAGGUGCUGGACGUGUGGGAGAUAUUCAAGGAGCGACAACACCUGAGCCAGGGGAAGCACUUCUGCCUGGAGCUCAGGGCCGUGCUGGACAAUCCUGAGAGGGAGCUGGAUCUGCAUCUUCUGGGACUGCACCGACAUGGGAGGCCUCAGCAGAAGAAGGCCAUCUUAGUGGUCUUCACCAGGUCGAAGAAGAAGCAGACGCUCUUCAGCGAGAGGAGGGAGGGGAGAGCCUUACUGGGCCUCGAGAAAGGCCCCAAAGAGAGGGGUCCUGGCACUAAAGCCAGCAGGAGACGCAGGACUGCUGCUUCCAAAACCCGCCAUGGGAAGCGACAUGGCAGGAAGUCAAAAUCCAGGUGCAGCAAGAAGCCCCUCCAUGUGAACUUCAGAGAUCUGGGCUGGGACGACUGGAUCAUCGCCCCGCUGGACUAUGAGGCAUACCACUGCGAGGGGGUGUGCGACUUCCCCCUGCGCUCCCACCUGGAGCCCACCAACCACGCCAUUAUCCAGACUCUGAUGAAUUCAAUGAACCCUAGCAACAUGCCUCCAAGCUGCUGCGCCCCAUCCAAACUCAGCCCCAUCAGCAUCCUCUACAUCGACUCAGGAAACAAUGUGGUGUACAAGCAGUACGAGGAUAUGGUGGUGGAGUCUUGUGGUUGCAGGUAG